UGGACAGAAGCCCAAAUACACCGAAGCUUGUCUACAUUUCGUAACAAAAAUAGGCCUCAACCCUUACCCUUAUAUACAAAGCAUCAAUUCAGAUCAUCCCUCUCGCAAACCCUAGCCGCGCCUUGCAGAUUAGUGUUUUCAGCAGCAAUCAACAAUGGCGGAAGUGGAGGUUGAUGUCGCGGCUGCCGGAGUGCCCAAGAAGAGGACGUUCAAGAAGUUCAGUUUCAGGGGAGUUGAUCUCGACGCUCUCCUUGACAUGUCUACCGAUGAGCUUGUCAAGCUCUUCACUGCUCGUGCUCGCAGAAGGUUUCAGAGAGGUUUGAAGAGGAAGCCGAUGGCUUUGAUCAAGAAGCUUCGCAAGGCUAAACGGGAGGCGCCAGCUGGUGAGAAGCCUGAGUUGGUGAAGACUCACCUGAGGAACAUGAUCAUUGUGCCAGAGAUGAUCGGAAGCGUUGUCGGAGUUUACAACGGGAAGACAUUCAAUCAGAUUGAAAUUAAGCCGGAGAUGAUUGGCCAUUACCUGGCUGAGUUUUCAAUUUCAUACAAGCCAGUUAAGCAUGGAAGACCCGGUAUUGGUGCUACCCACUCUUCCAGGUUUAUUCCAUUGAAAUGAAGCAGUAAGUUGGUUUCUUUACAUCACCUUAGUAAUUUGAUUUUUGUUAUGGUGUAUUUAGACCUUUUAAACCAAAUGUUGCAUCUAGGAUCAUCAUCAUUAUCUACUUUUUGAAUGAAUUUGAGGUAUCAUUGUUUGAGUUUUA